CUCCCCAGUAUAAUCUACCUAUCUCCUCUCCUCAUUUCGCACAGCCCAUAGUCGAUCUGUAGAAAUCUUCCAGGAACCGCUCUCUAUGUCCAUCUGCAGAAAUCUUCCGUCGAAAGAGCCGCUGAGUGCCCGGCCAAACCCCCAUGGCCGGAAUGCCCCAAACCCCCAACUACCACGAGUCGGUUGUAGCUUUGGGUUUCCUGUUUGCACUGUGCUUCGUGUUCGUGUAUUUGCUUUGACGGUAUGUUCUGUGAGCGAUGCAGCCAAACUAUGUAGACAUACACAUCCAGACAGGUAUGCCAUGAACUUUGCUGCUAACUCCUUAAAAGUGUUGUAUGUGAAGAGAACACUUGCAAUGAACAAAACUAUACGUAGUACAUGUUAUGUCCAGUGCAUUUAAAGCUACCGUAACCUGGCAUAACAUGAAAACUCUCCAGGAAUGUAGAGAAGCAUUUGGAGGCCAAGGGUUGAAGACUGAAAACCGUACUGGUCAGUCAAAAGGGGAAUUUGAUGUUGAGUCUACCUUUGAGGGUGACAACAAUGUCCUUAUGCAGCAGGAUUCAUGUUAUUUGAGACAACAAACAACUAGCGUCAAGUAGCAGUUGGCAAGAGAGAUUUACAAACUUUACACCGAAUCUUAAUGGCAACUCCCUCUCUGGAAGAGUUCCUGCUGCAUUGGGGGGAAGACUUUUGCAUAGAGCUAGCUUCAAGUUCAAGAUUGGUUGGGUUCAUUGAGGCUGGUGCCACUCUUGGGCAGCUCUUCGGUUCAAUGUUUGCCACAUGGAUGGCUUGGAUAGGACCAUUAUGGCACACUUUCUGUUCACAGGAGAGAUGCAUAUGAAAUAUUUGCUGAGCCAGAAGACCUGAGAGGUUGAAAAUUACAAUUAAAUCUUUAAGUGACCUGACCUAUGGAUUUUGGACCUUUGGCACCAGAAUAAGCAUUGUUGAGCUGCACAGAAUUAGGUUUUUUAUUUCAAAAGCAAUCAAUCUCCCACUUCCUCCAAGGCAUGAAGGUACAGUUUCUUCUUCCGUCUGGUCUUUUCUUCGAUUGUUUUUCAUGAGACAUAUAUAUAUAUAUAUAUAUAGGGUCGGGUUCUAAUAAGAAGACAUCUUAACGUGAGAAGUGAGAAGUUACACAUUUACCUAUUUCUGAUGCACCUUUUUGCUAUUCUGAUGCACUUUUUGCGAUGGCAGGAAAGUUCCGAUUAAUUACGAAAAUGCCACCGCGUCUAGCAUCAUUUUUUAAAUAUUUUUUGCACUUUUCCGUGCACUUUUUUGCUAAUCUGAUGCACAGAUCUUAAAAUGAACGCACCAGAUGCAUUCUCACUUCUUACGAUAAGCACUCUUCUCAUUUGAUCCUUAUUCUAUAUAUAUAUAUAUAUAUAUAUAUAUUUGACUAUUCUUCAAGUUUUGGAAAAUUAAUGCUCUUCAUCUUUGUUGACGUUUUCUUGAUUAUUUUACCAUCCUUAUUGUUGAUGUCACUGCAAUCGUUACAAUCAUAAAUAUCUCUUUUCCGUUUUGUUUGCUUUUAAACAAUACAAUGGUGUACGUGGAUGAUUGAAAUGUUGUUUCAUCUUUCAUUGAACUCCUUUUAAACAGUGAUAUGAUUUACCUAAGUGAUUAACUUACUACUUCCUCUCUAUGUUUUAAACUGCUAUUCCCCAUAACUUUUUGUCUUAAAUUCCACCAUUGGGCACGGUUCACGUGCAUCAUGCCCCGCCCCGCUAGUGAAUUGGGAUAAACGCGGAAGGGAGUUAAUGAGUGGAUGUCCUCUCCCGCAUGCAUAUAUGCCUCUUGUGUAUCAAUCCCGUCUUUUUUUUUUAACCCAGCAGAUAAUUUUUAUAAAUUAUACGACGCAUAAUGUAUUUACUUUGUAACACAUCGAAUGUAAUACUACCUCCGUCCUGGUGGAUUUUGCUAAGUGCAAUUGUGCAAAGUAGGUGAGAAAUAAGAAAAGUAAAAACUGUGUGGUUGAGAUUUAUGCAGAGAAGAGAGAAAUGUGCAGAACCACAACUUAGUUGCUUUAAAUUAGUUGCUUUAAUUGCAAAGUGACAAAGUUUUUUGGGACAACCAAAAAGGAAACGUUGGCAAAGUCCAAUGGGACGGAGGGAGUAUACAAUAAUAAUGCCAAGGAAUAACCAAACCUAGUGCAUUCAAAGCAAUUUUUACUCUGCUUCACAUAAUAUUUUGAUAAUUACUACCUCUGUCCCGCAAAGAAGUUCCCACUUUCCUUUUAUGGAUGUCCCAAAAAGUUCUCAUUUCUAUAAUAGGACACCCAUUUUUGUUUGAUCGAGUACGGGUCAGACUUCGGAUCUGGCCUGUCUAGCGGAUUCUCCUUCCCUAUCUUCUCAAGCAUCUUGGCCCUAAUGUCCCUACCAGACUCGACCCUCUCCAUUUGAGAAUCCUCUUUGCCCAAAUCGUCUCCCCCCUCCCACUGAUCAAAACAGGAUGUUCUGGGUCGCCCGAUUGUCCGGAUCGAGUCGCAGGCAAACUCCAAAUACAUGAUUUUGGUGAUCAAGAAGAGAGCAUUUGAUCCCGUCAUUCAAGAAUGUCAAAGUCUAUUUUCUUAGGAGUUAUUUCUAUAUUUUACAUUUUUUAAAAAGUUCUUUAUAUUUUUAUUUAAUUGUUUUGGAAUUUUUAUGAUCGGUUUUUUCUUUUUAACUCUUUUAAUUGAGUUGUCUAUUUUGAUAUUUUUACUAUUUUAUAUAUCUAUUUUUUUCUUUAUCACAACUUAUGAAUUUUUAUAAAUUUAUAAACUUUCUUAAUUUCUUUUUCAUGAAUGACAUUCUAUAGUAGAUCAUGGUGGCUUAAUUGAUUGUAUUUUCAAGCAAGCAAUCUUCUAUGAUACUUUUUUAGUAUGUGAACUCAAGUGAUGGAUUUGAUUUUUUUAUUUGAUCGUUUUCCCUUCUUAAUUUAAAGACAUACUACAUCUAUUCUUAAUUAAAUUCAAAAUGAUAACACAAUUCAUAUGAUCUACUUCGACUGCAUUUUUCUAUUAAUGCAUUUGAGAUUUAUUUUAGAAAAUAUUAUAUUGUUCAAUUUGUCUCGUUUUAAUUUAAAAAAUCUCAAUUUCAAAAUAUUUUACUUAUAGAGAAUAAAUAUAUGCUUAUUGUUGUGGUCUAGUACCAAAUGACCCGAAGACCCAACACUAACCUUGGAUCUUGGAUUGAACUGCUACAGUAAUGUAUAUAAAAGGAAAUAUAAAAUCUGAUCUAACUAUUCAAAUAACUCAGCUUGUAUUAGCACAGACGAUUACACAGAAAUGACUGAACGGUAGUUACAGUUUAAAGGCUAAUAUUAGAGCUAGAAUAUAACAUAAGCUUACGAGUCCAACAAAUCCAACUCUUACAAUGAUUUAACAAUUGCUAUUUAUACUAAAUGGAGACAUGAAGCUCCCUUAUACGAUUGGUUGCUUUCCAUGCCACUUGAGACCCCCAUGAUACGACAUUAACUGCAGUCGGUCACAUCCCGUUCGGGUGGUGCCGAACGGGUCUUGCCUUUAAGCAGACCAUUUGGGUCCAACGAUCUCUUCCUGACUAUUCUUUGUAUUUCAGACCUUAAGAAUGUGCUGAACUCCCAUUUAGGAUCUAUGACCUUUGGGCUUUCCUUGGUGCCUGGACUUCUAGGGAUAUUUUGGACCGCCAUAUUGGGCCGGACCUCAAUAUCCUAUCCUAUAUUUAAUGUUUUAUGUUGCCAAACUUGAAGAUGUAAAUGUUACAUCCAAAGAAUAACAGAAGUAUCUCUAAAUAGGAGGAUAAACAUCUUUCUUAGUAGUCACAUAUUUAGUACACAAUGUAUUAAUGUUCCACCAAAUAUCAUCAUCAAUCAUGUAUUCAUGUUAGUCAUUGUUUCUAGAAACACAUUUUUUUGUCGAAAAUAUAAAAAAUGUUAAUAGUCAUGAUGUUGUUGGGAGUAGAUUUGAACACUUGUUCCAAUAAAGUAUAUGAAAAAUAAAGAAACCAAAAACAAAUUGUUAUCUUUAUUGACAUUGUGAGAUGUUCAUAAAUGUGUUUCUAGAAAUUCUUUUUGCUUUUGUAUCUUUCUCCAAAAUAUUAUUGUAAGGCUAUGACUAAGAAAUUCAUCCACAAUAUUCAUUUGGUGAGAGUCAAUGCAACUACUUCUUAUUGGCAGUGGCGGAUCUAGCUCUUAUGUUUUGGGUGUUCAAAAUUGAAGUAAAAUAUCACAACCAUCUUGUGCAACGUUGUAAUGCUUCAAUUGUAUUUGUCUUUAAAAACUGUUACAAUUUAAAGCACCACAUAAUAUAGUGUUCGGAAUAUAUAUUUAAAAUUUCGAUCAUAUGAAAUUUCACAAUUUUUACAAAGAAACUAAGCAAAAAAUCAGUAAUCACAUUCAUUACUGCCACACCAAAAGAAAAUAACCAUACUGCCACACCAAUAAAUUAACCACAAAAACUAUUCCGCACCUCAUACCUAUUGCUCCUCCAAUUAAAUAUGUAUGGAUAAUGAAUAUAGAUUGUCAAGUACAGAAUUUGCUGACUACAAGGUGUGAUUUGGAGGAGCGAGUUGCUACUCGGCUACCAGUGUUGGCUAAGCAGCGGUGGGGAUUGAGGAGUUGGGAACUCUUUACGAACCAUAAUUGCUAGCUCCUACAAAGCAGGAUCCUGAGGGCGAUUACUAUUGAGAGUUCGGAUUGAAAUUGAAGACCCAUCUUUACUCUUUUUGUUUUGGAGAUACUUUAUGUAUUUGUUAUAAACACUUGUGGAUGUUGGUGCUGCUACUCUUGUCAUUUAGGACUUCUUGGAUUUGAUUUGAUUUACUCGAGACGAGUAAAGGUUUAAGUGUGGGGGUGUUUGAUGCACACUAAUUAGUAGUGCAUAAUUACAUGUUUUUAUGUUUGAUUUAUGUUAAUUGUUUGACGUUUUAUUUAGUUUGUAAACAUUUAUGUGAUUUCAGUUGUAAUUGUAUUUUAGUCUUUUUUUGUAAGUUGUAAAGUUUAGUUAGGAUUUGUGGUGUUGGAAAGGAAGACUUUGAAGUAAAGAAAAAGAAGAUUUGGCUGCCCAGGAGCAAACACCCGACCGGGUAUAAUACUUGACCCGGUCGGGUAAGAAGUGAAAAACGAAAAUGCAAAGAAAGUGCAUGGCCCGGUCGGGCCCACUACCUCACCCGGUCGGGUGAGAAGUGACCGGGGACAACCCGGUGUGCAAAGAUCACCCGAACGUGAAGAAUAUCCAAUUUUUGCACUCACCCGGUUGGGUCCCCUACCCCACCCGGUCGGGUCUGACUUGACCCGGACACUUUAACAUGCUGAAGAUCGCCAGAACGUGGAGGAUAUUUGAUUUUGACAUGGACCCGGUCGGGUGAGUACUUGACCCGGUCGGGUACCCGGCCAAAGGUGUUGAAAAACACCUAUAAAUAGCACACUUUUUCUUCACAAAAAUCAUCCCUUCUUCCAUUCUCUUUAGCUCAGUUUAGAAUAGCAUUUCUUUAUAUUUUUCUAGCUAUGUUUAGCCUCCAAAUGAGGAGCUAAACUUCCAUUCUUGGUGUUGCUCUUGAAGCUUGUUGAUUAUUAAAGUUGUGAGUUAUUUUCUUAAACUUCU